UGAAACCACGUACUAUGAGUAUGAUUAGACACCGACAAACCUACUUUUUGUUUCACAGUUAUAAACAAAUUAAGAAUAUUCGAUUCACUCACCCAGGCAUAUACUGGAACAUGACAGAAGCUGUUCACGACACGGCGAAAUCGGGAUUUGUUGAUGGAGAAAAUUAUGACAGAUUCCGCCCCUCUUACACAGAUGAAGUUGUAAAGUUGAUAUCCUCAAUCAUCACAGAAACUCAAACAGAUAAAGAGGAUAAUGUAAAGUAUGAUUGUGUGGAACUUGGAGCAGGGACAGGGAAAUUAACACAGAAAUUAAUUAAAGAGUUACCAAAGGUUGAAAAAUAUUUAGCUACAGAGCCCAUGGAUGGAUUUCAAAAGAUGUUAAAACAGAAUUGUCCUGGAAUAGACACUCAAAUAUGCACUGCAGAAAAAAUUCCAGUUCCAUCUGAAUGUGUGAAGACUGUACUAGCUGCCCAGUGUUUCCAUUGGUUCGCUAAUACGACGUCAUUAGAUGAAAUAAAUAGGAUUCUUAUUCCAGGCGGAAAAUUCUUAAUGGUGUGGAAUAACAAAGACUGGAAAGUUCCGUGGGUUAAGGACAUGGAGGGAAUCCUAACACGUUACUAUGGCGACACACCACGAGCUGUAUCUUAUCAAUGGAAGGAAGUGAUAGAAAAAUGUCCUCAUUUCCGCUGUGUGCGACAUGAAAUCUUACCUGGCACACUGUUAAAGGGGUGUCGGAAUGAUGUACUUGGACAUUUCUGCUCCAUAAGUGUCAUUGCUUCCCUUGAUGAAAACGAGAAAUUAAAAGUCAGAAGUGAGAUGGAAGCAGUUAUGGAUAAACAUAGUUUAGCCAAAGGAACUGAUGACAUCACUGUCCCAUUUAACACUGAACUGUAUGUAGCUGAGAAGCUUACCAAUAAAUAGAAAAAAGCUU